CACACGGCUCAUAGUUUGGUUUGUGUUUUAGUCUCAGUAAACAAGCUGGUGGACGUGAACAGUCAGGGCCACCGAAGCAGCAGAGAUGGGUUUGGAGAAGAAGUUGGACGUCCCGGUCUACGAGCUGUCUCUGAUCCGAGGAAUGUGGGAAACACGGGCGAAGAAAUACAGACAGAAACAAAAGAAGGAGCAAGAAAGGAUUGAGAAGAGCGCCCUGGCCAGGAUCGACCAGGAGUGGCAGUACCGCAUAUACUGUAAGACUCUGAGUAGUAAAGAACGCAACCUGCUGCACCAGUACCUGGAGAGAUCUACACUGACUAAUAAACAGCUGUGCACAAGUGAAUACAUCACAGAACCAGAGCAGCAGCAGAACCACAACGUCCAGCAGGAUCAUCAGGAUAAUCAGGAUCAGGGCAAACUCCACUUUCAGCUGGAGGGAGAUCAUUGGACGGACUUUCCCAAGGAGCUGCAGUGGAUGACGUACCUGAAGGAGUGGCAUGUCAGAGGUACAAAGAUCCGGCAUCUGCCUGAAUACCUGGCUCUGUUCACCCAGCUCACUGUGCUCGACAUGCCCAAAAAUGCCAUCGCUCAGCUGCCGCCUGAGAUUGGUAAACUGACCGGCUUAAAGGAGUUAAAUGUCAGCUACAACCGUCUGUUCAAAGUUCCUCCAGAGCUUGGAAACUGUGAGAAUCUGGAGAGACUUGAACUGGCAGGAAACUUCAACCUGUCGGAGCUGCCAUUUGAGCUGAGCAGCUUGAAGCGACUGACUCACCUGGACAUCGCAGAGAACCGCUUCGUGUCGAUCCCCAUCUGUGCUCUGAGGAUGAGCAGCCUGCAGCAGCUGGACCUGAGCAACAACAGUCUGACCGACCUGCCGCAGGACAUGGACAGGUUGGAGCAGCUCGUCACACUGUUCGUUCACAAGAACCAGCUGUCUUACCUCCCUCACUGUCUCACCAACAUCUCUACGCUCAAGAUGAUCGUGGUCAGUGGCGACGAGCUCACCUGCAUCCCGACCAAACUGUGCAGAAACCCCGAAAUCAAAUUCAUCCGACUGUGCGACAACAGGGCAAACUCAGAGAAGAAGAAGAAGAAGGAGAAGAGCAAGAGAAGGAGGUGGAGAGCGCCUGCAGAGGAGGAGGAGGUGAAGGACAGUCGAGAGAAAGAGUGCAUACAGGCGUACAUCGACACGCUGACGGACAGAGACACCGUCCCUUUCUCCACCACCAAGGUGUCCAUUUCCUGUGAGCUGUGAGGAUAAAGACCAUGAAAGUCUGACACCAUGUGAGUGAUAGGAAGAUGCUUUGAUUCAACGCUCCAAUACAAUAAAAGAUUUUUAAAAAUAAAAUUCAUAGUAAUAAUUACAAAAAUUCUAAUCUAAAACUCAUGGUAUUUCAUGUGCAAAUAAAAUGAGAUCAAAUUAAAUAUUUAUUAUUAGAUAUUUAUUAGAAAUGUUGACAUUUUCAAAUGAUAACUUUAAUCUGAUUUUUAAAGUGAUUACUAAAUAAUAUUUUCCUUUCCAUUUCAAAGCUUUUUAAUGUUGUGAUUUAAAUAUAUCAGGAGCUUCUUUAGUUUUCCAGUGUAUUUAAAACAUAGAUUGUCAUUCCAUAUAAAAACAACUUUUUUUAAAUGUAAAUCAAAAAAUCAAAGAAUCUUUUUACAUCUAUAAUUGAACUAUUACAUAUUUUAGUCACUGAUGAAGGACUCGGGCUCAGAGUCACCUGUUGUGACCGUUUUCUUUAUCAUGAUUAAGUUGUAAUGAUAUUUGACGGCUAAAUUUAUUAUUAUUUAAAACUUUACAAUGUAAUUGUUGGUUCAUAAUUCAGUGCAAACCGACUUAUUUCAUGCAUUAUAUUUAUUUGUCUAGUUGCACAUUUUCUGGAUUAUAAAGAUUAAAGCAACUAAAUGUCAGUACAAUACAGUAAAGACCUUUUUUUAAUUACUCUGCUUAUUUUCUUUUGCAUAUUCAACCACGCCAGUAUUUUCCAAAUGUAACAAAGGGUUUGACUUUUGUUUAAAUGCCGUGGCUGCUUUGAUACUGAAAUGUGUGUUUUUAACAUUUUGUGAUAGAAUAAAUGUUUG